GACAUUUAGAGCAAAUCGUUUUUCCUUUUUGACACAUUUUUCUGUUACUGAUGCAACCCUCAGGCUGCAGAACCUGCAGGAGGACAGUGACAACGGCCCAGACAGUAAGAGUCCAGAACCACCGAACAAGGACGAAACCCAAGAGUCUAAAGAGAAAACUGAUGAUCAGAGUCUGGUCGACAUCGGCCCACCUGAAGACAAGACGGAGCAUGGUCCAGAGAGAGCAGGACCUUUAACUCCGCCCACUUUAUGUGAGUCAGCAGAGCGAGGCAGUCCUUCUUCGACUGAUGCAGAACCAGGAUCAGAGAGGAGGGACCUGGAGAGUCCUGUUACCCAUCAGCCAAAACCACAACCUGCAGCGGACCCAUGUACCACCACAGAGCAGCCUGCAGCAGAAGAAGCUGGAUGUGGAGAAAACUGCAGCAAAAGUUUGGAUGAAGCUCUGAAGCUGAAGAACCCAGAUCAAGAAGCAGCACACAAACCAAACCUGAACAUCCCACAAAUUAUCACAACACCAGAACCAGAAUCCGAUGUACUGAGGAUCUCAAAGUUCAGCAAAGAUGAUCUGUCAGCUAAUGAGGAAGAUGAGGAGCUGCUGAAGGUUGGGAUGAAGACCUGGUCAAGUCAGGGAGAUCCACUGAACGCUGAUGAUGAGAUGCGUCCAGUGUCCACUGCUAGCAUCGGCAGCACUGGAGUCCAGGAGCGCCUGAAUGAGUUGGUCAAGCUCUUCAAAGGUCGAACAGAACGCCACAAAGACCGGCUGGUGGACCCAGACGCAUCUGAGGAGGACAGUCCCACAACCUCCCCAAGCAAAGCUCCACCGCCUCCUGUUCCACCACCUCCUCCAGGAGGGGAGAAGAAGGAUGACACGACAGCAGCAAAGGAAGAAGACGAGGAAGCGAUCCAGUUUGAACUUCUGGGGUAUCCCGUUAAAAUUCCAAAACUUCCACCAAUCCCCGACUGGCUGCAAGCUAUCCUGGAUUACCGCUUCCCCUCCAGCAUUGACCCAUUUACAGAUCUAAUUUACGUGGUCUGGUUGUUCUUCGUGGUGGCGGCGUGGAAUUGGAACGUGUGGCUGAUCCCCGUCCGCUGGGCGUUCCCCUACCAAACACCUGAGAACAUCCACCUGUGGCUGCUGGCCGACUACACCUGCGACUUCAUCUACGUCGCCGACAUACUGAUCUUCCAGCCCAGACUGCAGUUUGUCCGUGGAGGAGACAUCGUGUGUGAUAAAAAGGACAUGAGGGAACAUUACAUGACCACUGAGAGGUUUAAGAUGGACGUGAUCAGCCUGUUUCCCAUGGAGGUGUUUUACUUCUUCACAGGAGUGAACUCUCUGCUGAGGUUCCCUCGUCUGCUGAAGUACAUGGUUUUCUUUGAGUUUAACGACAGAAUGGAGGCUGUCAUGAAGAAAGCGUACAUCUACAGGGUGAUCCGGACCUCCAUGUACCUGCUUUACUCUCUGCAUAUCAACGCCUGCCUCUUUUACUGGGGUUCUGACUACGAGGGACUGGGAUCCACCAAAUGGGUCUACAACGGAGAAGGCAAUGCUUACAUUCGUUGUUACUACUUUGCUGUGAAGACGCUGAUCACCAUCGGCGGACUGCCGGACCCCACCACCGUCUUUGAGAUCUGCUUCCAGCUCAUCAACUACUUUGUUGGUGUUUUUGCUUUCUCCAUCAUGAUUGGCCAGAUGAGGGACGUGGUUGGAGCUGCGACUGCCGGGGAGAACUACUACCGAGCCUGUAUGGACAGCACCGUCAAGUACAUGAACUCCUACAGCAUUCCACGAGACGUUCAGAACCGCAUCAAGACCUGGUAUGACUACACCUGGAAGAGCCAGGGCAUGCUGGACGAACAGGAGCUGCUGGUGCAGCUUCCAGCUAAGAUGAGGCAGGACAUGGCCGUGGACGUCAACUACUCCAUCGUCAGUAAAGUGGCCCUGUUCCAGGGCUGCGACAGGCAGAUGGUGUUCGACAUGCUGACCCGGCUCAAGUCCGUCGUCUACCUGCCCGGAGACUUCGUGUGUAAAAAGGGAGAGAUCGGCAGAGAGAUGUACAUCAUCAAGCAGGGGGAGGUUCAGGUGGUGGGGGGUCCGGACCUGCAGACGGUCUUCGUCACCAUCAGAGCCGGCUCGGUGUUCGGAGAAAUCAGUCUGCUUGCAGGAGGUGGAGGAAACCGGCGGACCGCCAACGUAAAGGCACACGGAUUUGCCAACCUGUUCAUCCUGGAUAAAAACGACCUGGCAGAGAUCUUGGUUCAUUAUCCCGAGUCUCAGAAACUCCUGCGGAAAAAAGCAAAGAAGAUGCUGACGAAAGACAAAAAGCCGGACGAGGCGGAGGCCCGGAAAGAGGCGGCGGAGGUCAUCCCCCCUCGACCCGACACCCCCAAACUCUUCAAAGCUGCUCUGAAGGUGACGGAGCAGGCCGGGAUCGAAGGAACCUUCGCCAAGUUGAAGCAGGUCUACAGACCAGCAGAGAGCUCCUCAGAGGCUCCUCCCACCGUUUCUCCGGUCCCGCCUCCAUCACCAACGCACCGGCGCCUUCCGGCUCCUCAAAGUGCAGCACUAGAAGACGGAGACGAGUCGGUGGCAGAGACGGCGGACAGCUCCGUCAUCAUCAGGAUGACGCCACGAGAAAAAGGGGAGGAGAUUCUGACCGUGGAGGUGGUCGUAGCCGAGGAAGAGGCAGAGGAGGCGAUGGAGGAUGAGAAAGCAGAGGGAUGAGCUGAGAGCUCAGAGACGGUUCCACCUGAGAGGAUGUUUGUUGUGUCAGCUGACCAGCUCUUAGGAAACAAAAUAUUUUAUUAUAGAGAUGAUGAAUAACAGAGGUUUCUUUGUGUUUUCACACAGUCACUGAUCUGAGUUGACAUGUGUCAAACUGAAGGCCCGCGGGCAAAAUGUGGCCCUCUAGUGACUUCCAUACGACCCUGAGUUUCACAGCCCUGUUGUAAAGCAAGUCAAACUGAUAUCAGAGACCUUUUGACCACUAUUCAGAUUAUUCAGGAUCAUUUCUAACAAUUUUACAGAUUAUCCAGAAUAUUUUUUUUACACUUUAUAAAUAUUUAAAUUGUGUUUUACUAGUUUCCAUUUUCAGGAUAAGUUCUCACCAGGUUCCAGAUUAUUUAAGAUAUUUUCUAGACUAAAUAAAGAUGAUUCUUAACCAAUUUCAGUAUUUUCCAGGAAUCAUUUACAAACCAGUUCCUGAGUCGUUCUGGAUCAGUUCUAACGAGCUUCCAGAAUUAUCAGGAUCACUAUUUAGAAUAAUCUCAGAUUUCAGGUUGUUUCAGGGUAAUUUCUAACAAUUUUGCAAAUUAUCCAGAACAGUUUUUUUACACUUUCUAAAUAUUUCAAAAUAGUUUUAACCAGUUUAAAUAUUCUUUCAUUUAAAAAUCAGUUUCCAAAUGGUUCUGAGCCAGUUCUAAUCAGCUUCCAGAAUUAUCAGCAAACAGAUUCUCAUUUAUUUAGAAUAAUUUCUAAUCAGAUUUCAGAUUAUUCAAGAUCAUUUCUGUUCAGUUUCAAAAUUAUUUAAGAUCUUAUCUAACUAGACUUCUAACAUUUAAAAGAAUCUAAAUCAUUUCCAUAAAGUUAGAUUUUCCAAUUAUCAUAUUAUUCAGGAUAAUUUCUAACUCAUUUUGAAUUAUUCAGAAUUAUCUUUUAUUACCUCUAAACAGAAUCAUUUCCAGUUUCCAGCAGUGUCAAACUCUUAUUCAAGGAUUGACGUGUGCUCAACGUUAUUUAAUGGGACAAAUAACCAAAUAAUGUGCUGCAGAGUUUAUUAUACAAAUAUGUAACAUAUGACAUAUUUGAGUUUUUACAAAGAGAAAAUAAACAAGUUAUUAUUUAUCCUCAAUUGCCCCUGAGGAAUGGUUUCGAUAAUAUUCAGGAUUAUUUCAGACAUUUUUAAUGUUUCGAUUCGGUAUCUUUACUUUACUUUGAAAAGCUGCUGUUCUUUGUUUUGAAAAUGUUUUUGAUGAUGUAGUUUUGCAUUAAUUUUUUUAAACAUCUAUGAAUUCAGAUUCAAUAACUGAAUAAAUGUUUAAAAUCAGUUUUUAAUUUUGUUUAGCAUGUAGAUAAAACAUCAACAAAUAACAGUUGUGAUAUAUUUUUUGUAAUUUUCUGUAAAGUAUGUAAAGUUGCUGCACCUCGUCCUGCUCUGAGUUUAUAUUUUCAUGAAAUAAAAACAGAAUUUGCAGGUUAGCGGGCCGGUUUCUGUAUGGAGCUGCCCAAACCUAACAAACAGGACCUUCAAAAAAUGUUGAGUUAAAAUAAACAUAGCUGUUUGUUCCGUGGGAUUUUAAAAUGUUUAAAAAAAUCUGUAUUAAAAUUUUAAUUAAAAAACUUAUUGUUAAUAUUUGCUACUUUGU